UCAUCGAUGUCGGAAACACUGAGAAGUAGCAUCUCGGAAUCUCGCAUGUGUCAGAUGUUUUGUGGGGGAAAGAAUUGCAAGUACGACUGUGCCGACAGGUGGCAGGACCAGCAAGCCAUUGAAGGAAUCUACUCUACUUGGAUAACACCGAACAUACUGGCCAUGACUCGCCCAAGCACAGCCAUGAUCGAGAAGUAUGACAUCAUUCUUCAGUUCAAAAAGGCGAAAAUAAAAUCCAUAAUUAACCUGCAAAUUCCUGGCGAGCAUGAAUUCUGCGGCCAGGGUUUGAAUGCAAGCGGAUUCUCAUACGAUCCUCAGCUGUUUAUG